UUACGCAUUUGGUGGCAUUCCAAGACAAAAACGCAAAAAACAAACCGUUUUUGUUUUUUGUUUUUAUUUGAAAUACAUAUCAAGGCAUUAAAUUUAGGAUUUCUGUAAAUGAAGAGGAAGAAAUGGAGAGUUCCGGAUAUCAGAAAUUCGCGUCCGAUAUUAGGGUUUCAGCGAAAGAGAUGAAGAAGAGCAAGAUGCAUGAUCUUCCAACGGAUAUCAUGGUUAAAAUCUUUUCAAGACUCUCUGUAAAAUCUCUCUCCAGGCUCAAGUGCGUAUGCACCUUCUGGCGCGCGAUAAUCUCUGAUCCUGAUUUCUUGUCCACACACCAUGAUCGAGCUGCAAGGGAACCUCUCUUCCUAUUCUUUACACUCAGUCAAGAAGACAACGAAGGUUUAUGUAACAUCCACCUAUCCUCAGUAGACCAGCAGGGAAGGGUCCUAAACACCUUCACAAACAAGGUUGCCGGUUUCGUGCACUCAUUGCAUACCUGUGCUGAUUUGGUGUGCUUCGCCGGAAGGAACCGCAUCUAUGUAUGCAAUCCAAGCACUGAAGAAUUUGUAACCCUUGGACAGGCUUCAAAAUGGACUUAUUAUCCCCGUUAUGCGUUGGGUCUCGGAUAUUCGUCUUCCUCCAAGGCAUACAAAGUCGUCCAUUUGUUCACUUAUUAUGUAAGUGGCAAUGAGGUAGGUCAUCUCAGAAUAGGAUGUGAGGUUUUUACUAUAGGUUGCACCGAUUCCUCAUGGAGAAGAGUUGAGGAUUGCCCGUAUAAUGUCUUUGGCUUAUGCCCUCCGCCUUUCGUCGAAGGAUCCCUACAUUGGCUUAUUAGUGGUUACUCCGAUGAUGAAGUUAUAGUUUCAUUCAAUGUCGAUAGAGAAGAGUUUAGAGUGGUUCAGCAUCCAGAAUUCUGUUCCAGUUCCAAUUGCCGCAGGGGGCCGUCGCGAUUGGUGGAGUUGGGAGGGUGUUUGUGCCUGCUAGAACAUAUUCAACUGUUGAAAUUCAACAUAUGGACGUUGAAGGACUACAAGAAUCACAUUUGGGUAAAGGAACAUACUGUCAACUUUCCACCCCAGCCUAGUGGUUACUUCUUUGUCAAUCCUAGAGCCAUUCGAAGUGAUGGGGCAAUCUUGAUGGAGAUGCCUCAUGAAAGUUUGGAUUACUACGAGCCAGAAAAUGGGAAUCUUACUAGGGUUGACAGAAUUGAAGUGGAGCGAGGGUUCCAAUUCAGCUAUUAUGUAGAAAGUUUCUACUCAUUGGGAAGUAGAUGAUUUUCUUGAUCUUUCUAUCUUCAAGUUGCAGGGAUAUUACUAGCUUGAACUACUUUGUCCCAAGAGUUUUCAUGGACUAUCUGCAUCUCCUGACCCAAAUUGGAGCUUGGAUGCCCACAUCUCAGAGCUAAAUGUCUUAGAACUAAAGGUCAUUGGUUCUGUGUGCUUGCCCACUGUCAACAAAAUUGAAGUUUCCAUAAGAACUCUUGCUUCUCGUUUGUUUAAUUUAUUCUUGCUUGGUGAUUGACUUUAAAAAAAGAAAAGGAAAAGAAAAAUAAAAAAAUAAAAAAUCCAGCUGCUUGAUGUGGUGACUUUUUUAACCUUGUAAGAAGAUAAUGAAUGCUUUUAUUUUAUUGAAUUGUUUGUUUAAAAUGAUUGUACUUGUGGAAUCUAAGCACAGAAGAAUUCAUAA